AUGGAGACUAGGAACAAAAGCAAUACUGAGUUUCGCAAUGAGGUCAGUGAAGCCUUGGCUCAACAUGCGUCUCAAUUUGAUCUUCUUAAAACCCAACAUGAGUCUCGUUUCGACCUCCUGAACAACAAUAUGACUCAAGUUACCACAUCCCUCCAAAACCUCCAAACCGCUAUCAGUGAAUUACAAACUUUGUCAUUACGUCCCAGUUCCAAUCACCAAACCAUUAUCCAAGAUGUCAAUUCUUUCACCAAGGGAGAAGCUUCCCAAAAGGGUCGACAACCAGCAUCUGCUUGUUCCUUUCCAAGUACUGGUUUUGACAGAAGUCAUCAACAGUUCAAACUGUCAUUUCCAAAAUUCAGUGGUAAUGAUCCAACAGGAUGGGUUUAUAAGGCAGAGCAAUUCUUCGAGUUUCAGAACAUUGCGAAUGAUCAAAGAGUGCAACUCGCUUCAUUCCACCUGGAGGGAUUAGCUUUGCAGUGGCACCGUUGGCUAACUAAGUACAAGGGCACACUCACCUGGCUUGAAUUUACAGCAGCAUUCCUCCAUCGUUUUGGUCCGACUGAGUAUGAGGAUCCCUCUGAAGCUUUAACUCGUUAUCGACAAGUCACAACAGUAGCAGCGUACCAAGAAGCUUUCGAAGGGCUAUCGCAUCGUGUGGAUGGACUACCAGAACCAUUCUUGGUUGGAUGUUUCAUUGCAGGACUUCGGGAUGAUAUCCGUUUGGAUGUCAAAAUUAAACAGCCAAAGACUCUAGGAGACACCAUUGGAGUUGCUCGCCUGGUGGAGGAACGUAAUCUCCUGCAAAGAAAAGGUAAUACUUUUGUGCGAUCAACUGCCAUUUCUCGUCCUCUACCAACCACCAACAGUGGUGUACUGGGACCACCACCAGUAUCCAAACCAGUCAGUACCACCGCUCCAUCCUCAUUUAGAAGGAUAACAAAUCAAGAAGCUCGUGAAAGACGUGAGAAGGGCCUUUGUUUCUAUUAUAAUGAAAAAUUCAUACCAGGGCAUCGUUGUCAAAGGCCACAACUGUUUAUGAUUGAAGAUUCCACACCAGAAGAAAUGGAUACCAGUGAUGAUUGCACCGUUGACAUUGCAACUGUGGAAUCUUUUCCAGAAAUAUCAUUCCAUGACAUCGCUGGUACUGAGCAUCCACAGACCAUUCGCGUACUGGGAAAAUUGAAGAACAAGGAUGUCACAGUGUUGAUCGAUGGAGGAAGUACACAUAAUUUCAUCGAUCAAUCCAUUGUCUCUCAAUUUGGGCUACAAGAAAUUCGAGAUAAGACGUUUCAGGUGAUGGUGGCUAAUCGUGAGAAGAUUGUUUGUGGAGGACGGUGUCUUGCUCUUUCCAUACUCAUCCAAGGUCAUGUGGUCAUUGCUGAUUUUUAUGUCUUACCUGUUGCUGCUUGCCAUGUGGUUUUAGGGGUUCAAUGGCUUGCGACUCUUGGCCCAAUUGAAACAGAUUAUCGAAAUCUCAUGAUGACUUUCAUAGGCGGGGGCACCAAACGCAUGUUUCAGGGAAUUGGUCGUGCUGGUUUGGAGGCCUUAUCUAAUAAGGACCUUUUUAACUUGCAACAAACUGGGUUGUUUCUCCAGAUUACUAUGACUGAGCAUGUGGACUCCAUUACCACUUAUUCUAGUGAUCUCGCAGCAGUCCUUGACAAAUUUGCGCAUGUUUUUGACACACCGACAACUUUGCCACCAAAUCGUUCACAUAACCACCGGAUUCUACUUCAACCCAACAGCGAACCUGUUAGUGUUCGUCCAUACAGGUACCCAUACUAUCAAAAAACUGAGAUUGAAAAGAUGGUUAAAGAACUACUUGAAUCUGGUUUAGUUCGUCCAAGCAACAGUCCAUUUUCAUCUCCUGUUUUGUUGGUAAAAAAGGCAGAUGGAACGUGGCGAUUCUGUGUCGAUUUUAGGGCACUCAAUCACAUAACAGUGAAGGACAAAUAUCCUAUUCCAAUUGUUGACGAGCUCUUGGAUGAACUGCAUGGUGCCAGGUUUUUUACAAAACUGGAUUUACGUUUGGGGUACCACCAAAUUCGGGUUCAGGAGUCCGACAUCCAGAAAACAGCUUUCCGCACUCAUGAAGGACAUUAUGAAUUUGUAGUCAUGCCUUUCGGUCUCACGAAUGCCCCAGCUACUUUCCAGAGUCUUAUGAACGAUCUGUUCAGACCAUAUCUUCGCAAGUAUAUUAUUGUGUUCUUCGACGAUAUUUUGAUCUACUCUAAAAAUUGGGAUGAACAUAUUUCACAUAUAAUUAGUGUUCUAACCAUUUUGUCCAGUAACAGUUUGUAUGUCAAGAAAUCAAAAUGUCAAUUUGGAGUAUCACAGGUGAAUUAUUUGGGCCAUGUCAUAUCAGAGAAAGGAGUCGAGGUUGAUCCUUCCAAGAUACAAGCAGUGGUUGAUUUGCCAGAGCCGACAACAGUAAAGGGUGUGCGUGGUUUUUUGGGGUUGGCGGGUUAUUAUAGAAAAUUAAUCAGUGGAUUUGGCAAUAUGGCAGCACCAUUGACUCAUUGUUUAGGCAAGGAAGGAUUUCGUUGGGGAAUAAAUGAGUCCACAGCCUUCAACAAACUUAAACAGGCCUUGACUUCACCUCCUGUUUUGCGCUUGCCUGAUUUUUCUCAACGUUUCUUCAUUGAAUGUGAUGCUUGUGGCAUUGGAAUAGGCGCUAUUCUCAUACAACAAGGUCAGCCGAUUGCAUUCUUUAGUGAGGCAUUAAAGGGUUCAUCAUUGGCACUCUCCACUUACGAAAAAGAGAUGUUGGCCAUUGUCAAAGCCAUCCGUAAGUGGCGACCAUAUCUUCUGGGUAGACCCUUCACUGUCAGGACUGACCACAAGAGUCUCAAGUUUCUGUUAGAACAACGCAUCACAACUCCUGCACAGACUCGUUGGCUUCCGAAACUCCUUGGUUAUGAUUAUGUGGUGGAAUACAAAAAGGGCCCUGACAACAAAGGUGCUGAUGCACUGUCCAGAAAAGUCGAGUUCAACUUUUUGGCAGUUUCCUUGCCUCGGCCCUAUUGGUGGAUACGUCUGCAACAAGAGGUUCAGCAAGACUCUUUUUACACUGAUUUAUUCAAGCUAAAUUCAGGUCAUCAGCGACAACUGUAUACUUGCAAAGAUGGUGUGUGGUUCAAAGGUGGAAAGGUAUAUUUAAAUCCCUCUUCUACAUUAAUUCCUUCAGUUUUGGCAGAUCAUCACUCUUCUCCUGUUGGGGGCCACUUUGGUUACCACAAAACUCUAGCAAAAAUCCGCGGGUUGCUGCAGCCCUUGUCCAUCCCAACUAAAAUAUGGACUGAAGUGUCUAUGGAUUUUGUGGAAGGGUUGCCUCCUUCGUUGGGCAACACAGUGAUCAUGGUUGUGGUGGAUCGCUUGAGUAAAUAUGCUCAUUUUGUAGCUCUGAAGCAUCCAUUCACGGCCAUUAUUGUGGCCAAAUCUUUCAUUGCUAAUGUUGUCAAGCUUCAUGGAAUUCCUGUGUCUAUUGUCAGCGACCGAGACAAGGUGGUCAAUCGGACAUUGGAGCAGUAUUUAAGAUGUUUUACAGGUGAUCAACCACAUAAGUGGGUGGAUUGGUUGCCUUGGGCAGAAUUUAGUUAUAAUACUGUCAUUCACUCUUCCACGAAGAUUUCGCCAUUUGAAGCAGUUUAUGGCAUUUCACCACCAAACGUGCUUUCAUAUGUGCCAGGAACUACUCGCGUCCAAGCUGUGGAUGAAUAUUUGCAUGAUAGGGAUUCGGUUCUUCAGGAUUUACGUCAUCAACUAGUUCUUGCGAGAGAUCGGAUGAAAACUCAAGCUGACAAACAUCGCCGUGAAGUUCAUUUUACUGUGGGAGAUUUUGUUUAUUUGAAGUUGCAACCAUAUCGGCAAACAUCAGUUGCUUUUUGCAGGUCAAUGAAACUGGCGCCACGUUACUUUGGCCCUUAUCAAGUAUUAGCUAAGGUGGGGGAAGUUGCCUAUAAGCUUGCCUUACCUGCUGGGUCUCAAAUUCAUAAUGUUUUUCAUGUGAGCCGCCUACGCAAGUGUUUGAGUUCUGUGGUUCCAGUCUCUCCCGAGCUACCUCCAGUAUCAGCGACUUCUACCAUUCUGCCAUAG